UUACGCGCGCGAGUUAAAUACGUUCUACCUGAAAUUAAAGUGCAGUGCAGUGCAAAAGUUUAGUAUAGAUUGUUUUGUUUUUCUGCUUGUUACUGAAAAGAAAUACUUCGGCGAAAUGCCCAUCUAUAUUAGAAACAGCCCAAACGCAUCAGGCGACAUAGAUGAAUGGUGCAUAGUGGAGCUUCAGGGAGAUCUAGAGGUACGAGGCGACCGUAUCAUGGACGGACAGUUUAUCGGAGAUCUACUUUACAAUAAGUAUGGGCAACCGAUUCUCAUCAUCGGCCAUCACAUCCUGCAAGGACGAUUGCAGAAAAUGGACAAACCCCUGCUGGUGAUGGAAAAGUGCGAAACCCGAAAACGGCGCAUCACCGAACCGGCGCCCAACAGCACCGAAGGAGACGACGACCCCGAAAACGAAACCAUGCUGGACGUCAGCCAGGUUAGUCAUCUGGACAGCACGAUAGCUUCCUCCAAUCGUACCGUGCUGGACUCGACGCUGGCAGUCGAACACAAAACGGUCCCGAAAACUGAGUACCAAGUGCGGGCCGUCGUCAAACACAAGAUACUGUUCAAAGCCCGACCGAAGCCCAUCAUCGCCAACGUGGGUAAAAGCGUUUAGUGACUGUUUCAAUAGGUUUGCCUUUAUUUAUUAUGUCUUCAAGUCCCUAUACUGUGUUAAAACGUAUCGAUUUUGUCCUUAAAACUACCUCAGUGUUAUGCCUUUAUGCCGAACUGUUCCAUCCUUCUGAACC